AUGCAAUGCUCUUUCUGCUCCAACAAGUUCGACCCUUUCCUAGAUUUAAGUCUUGAAAUUCUCAAGGCAGAAUCUUUGCAAAAAGCACUAGUGCACUUCACUGCCAAAGAAUAUUUAGAUGGGGGUGAGCGGCAGUACCAAUGUCAAAGGUGCAACCAAAAAGUAAAGGCUCUAAAGCAGCUCACAAUUCACAAAGCUCCACAUGUUCUUACCAUUCAUCUAAAGCGUUUUGGUGCACAUCAACAUUGGCAAAAGAUUGACAAGAAAGUUCAUUUUGGUCCUGCAUUGGACUUGAAGCCUUUUGUCACUGGUUCUUAUGAUGGAGAUUUGAAGUACACUCUUUAUGGUGUUCUUGUUCAUGCUGGUAGCAACACACGCUGUGGCCAUUACUACUGUUUUGUCCGCACAUCAAGUGGCAUGUGGAACUUAGACACUCUUACUGAGGUUAGACUGCUAGAUUGUGCAUCUCAGAUUGGAUAA